UUAUAGUUUUACUAACAGUUGCUUGGACAACAAUUUUUCAGAUAUUUAAUGAGUUAUUGACUUAAUAUGUUAUAGAUUUAAUUAAUAACUUAUAUAGCAAUCAAAAAUAAGUGGAAAAAAUGAAAAAUGGAAAACCAAUCAUGCAGAGAUUCUGAAGCAAACCCAUUCGAAGAUAUAUUGUUGGAAAUGUUUGAAGUUGCUAUUAACACUAUUCUUUAUGUUCGAAACAUUUACCCUCGCGGUAUUUUUGAACGAUACCAAAAAUAUAACAUGGCAGUUAUGAUGAGUAAACAUCCUGAUGUAAAUUUAUACAUAUCUAAUGUUUUAUGUUCUAUGAAGCCAUUAAUACAUAAGAAUGAACUUGAAAAGUUAGUUAUCCAGAUAAAUAAUGAGAAAGGUUUUCCAUUGGACAAAUUUUGUUUUGAUUUAAAGUUGAAGCAGUUUGAAAAUAAAGUAUGUUACUUGGAAUUGGAGUUAUACCUACGAUCUUUUCUUUUGAAAUUGAUGACUUGCAAUGUUUUACUUAAACCACAUUCAAAAGAAUGCACUUUUCAAGUCUUAAUUUAUACUAACAUGUCGUCCUGGCAACACCUAAUUGAAGAUGAAGACCAAGCUUUUCCGUGGGUUGUUGAAAAUGAGGCAUUGCAUAAAAAAUCGGUUAUCACGCCAAUUCGAUCGUGUGACACACAAUUAUUUUCUUUGCAGUGUUAUGUUGAGGAGUACGAACAAAACAAAGAAACAUUGACGUAGCUGCUUCAAAUUGUUCAUUUAAUUUAUCAUUGGAUCAUCGUUAUUUUCUUUAGAAAUUUCAACUUUAGAUUCGUGAUCUUUUGUUUGUGAUAACGAACUUAAAUUUUCGAAUUGGUAGUAGUUUCUAUGCGUGUGAAUUCGAUUCUUUAAUGUUAUCAUUAGUCUAAGAACAACGAACAUGGUACCUAUUGCUAUGUAUAGAAUUCCACUCCAUAAAAAUAAAAAUCGGCCACCGUAAGUUUUAUAAAUUGUCCCACCUGCCAUACCUGCCACAGCAUUUCCAAUGCCGCUAAAUACACUAUUGUAAAUGGCGUUUAUUGUACCUCUGCAGCUGUCGUUGCUAAUCUUGUAAAGCUCGUCAAAUACAGCACAAAAAUACAAAGUAUAAGUUAUUCCCAAAAAACCGGUUAUUAUAGUUAUUGUUUGGUAAGAUUUAACAAAAGAGUACGAACAGAGCAAAGUUCCAUAACAAAAAAAUGCAAUAAUCAUUGUAACUUUAUUACCACCUAACUUGUUUGUUAUUUUAGCAGCCAAUGGAAACAUAAGAACUUCCAUUCCACAUUGACUAAGAACACAAAGACCCAUAAAAGUUUUAGAAGCGCCCAUCUCAUCCAUAAAAAUGAACUGAAAGCACCAUUGCACACCGUUAGCUACUCCAAUAAAAAAUACAGUGAAAAAAAGAAAAAUAAAGUUAUAAUCUUGAACACCUGUUUGUAAAACAUUCCAAAUUUUAUUAUUUAAAUAAUUAUUUUUGUUUUCA